UAUUCAAACUUCCGCCGUCACUUUUGGUUGGAUUGAUCGAUUUACUGCGGAAUUCUUUCUUUCUUUCAUCCAUCCAUCGUUGCAAUUUCUAUUAUUUUGUAUUAGCGAUAUUAGCUAGCUUCCUACUACACCCAACCUCUAAAAUGGAGGAGUCAGAGGUGGGCGAAUUAUCUGUGGAAGACGAGCCGAAGAGACGAAGGAUUUCCUCGAAGAGAACGUCCACGGUCAACUCAGAAACCUCCCCCGCCACUGUCAACAACUCCAAAAAACCUCCACUGUGCCGAGGGAGUUCCUUCACCUUUCUGACUCCAGGCACACCAUGGGACUUCAGUCUGAAGAGGAAACAUAAAGAGCCCAAGGAUGACGACACUGUCAGUCUGUCCAGCUUUGACCUCAAAGUAAAGAGAAAACGCAGAGAGAAAAGGGAGCAUGACGACACUGUCAGUCUGUCCAGUUUUGACCUCAAAGAGCCCAGUAACAAGCGUGUGCGGCCACUGUGCCGGGUGUCAUCUCUGGCUAACCUGAUCUCCCCUUCCAAGAAUGGAGCCGUCCGACGCUUUGGUCAAACCAUCCAGAACAUGUCACUGCGGGGUGACAGCAAGUCGCCGGGGGCACCACUGAAGUCGUGCAGUAAGGCAGCGGGCCCAACACCUCCCAAACGUAGAAACAGCACUCUGUGGUCUGAAACACUGGACGUUCACCAGAAGAGCACCUUCUCCACCAAAGAGAUUAAGAGACAGGAGGCCAUUCAUGAGCUAUCCAGAGGAGAACAAGACCUUAUUGAAGACCUCCAAAUGGCACGAAAGGCAUAUCAUGAUCCCAUGCUGAAGCUUUCCAUCAUGACAGAGGAAGAGCUAACUCAUAUAUUUGGAGAUCUGGAUUCUUACAUUCCACUUCAUGAAGACUUGUUGGAUAAGCUUGCAAAGGGCACCGGUCCUAAUGGAACAGUUGGUCAGAUUGGACAGAUCGUCGUGGACUGGUUGCCAGGUCUGAAUGCGUACAGAGACUAUUGCAGUAACCAGCUGGCUGCCAAGGCCCUGUUGGACCAGAAGAAGCAGGACCGGAAGGUGCAGGACUUCCUGCAGCGCUGCCUGGAGUCUCCCUUCAGUAGGAAGCUGGACCUGUGGAGCUUCCUGGAUAUACCCAGGAGCCGGCUGGUGAAAUAUCCCCUACUGCUGAGAGAGAUACUGAGACAUACACCACCAGAUCACCCUGACGUUCCCUGUCUGGAGAAGGCGAUAGCCAUCAUCCAGGGUGUGUUGUCUGACAUCAACAUGAGGAAGGGGGAGUCAGAGAGUCAGUACUACAUUAAUAAACUGGAGUAUCUGGACGACCGGCAGAGAGACCCGCUCAUCGACAACUGCAAGACCUUGUUGUGUCACGGAGAGCUACGCAACAAGAGUGGCUCGAAACUGCACGUGUUCCUGUUCUCUGAGCUGCUGGUGCUGACGAGGCCGGUGACACGUCACGAGCGGAGCUGCUACCAGGUGUACCGUCAGCCCCUCCCCAUCAGAGACCUGGCUCUGGAGGACCUGCAGGAUGGAGACGUACGCAUGGGAGGGUCAUUCAGAGGGGCCUUCAGCCAGGGGGAGAAAGCUAAGAACGUGUUCCGCGUGACCUCCCUGGACCCGACCCACGGCCAGUCUCACACUCUGCAGGUCAACGACGUCUUCCACAAGCAGCAGUGGCUCAACUGUCUCCGCAGCGCCAUCGACGCCCAACCUCAACAGCAGAGGGCGCCAGUCAGAGAUCAGCACAGUGAGGCUACAACCAUGACCAGGGCCAAGCGUCGUUCUUCUGUGGUGUCCAUGUCUGAUAUGGUGGGCGAAGGGGCAGAUGAGAACGUCUGGCACCAGGUCGGUGAGCCAAUCCUUGGGUGUAAAGGCACAGAGACACUCCCCGCGUCUGGUUCUUCAAGUAAAAUUAAAAGAGAGUGGAGCCGUGGUACGCAGCGCAGGAGGAAAGAGACCGGGGUUUAGAAGAACGGAAGAGUCUACGGAGCCUCGUGGGAUGUCUACACCUGUACACCUUCAUUCAUUUGUAUUUUUACUGUGUCUUCUUCUUCUAUGGUGUUAUGUUGAACUUCUUACUUGUGAUAUUAAUGUGUAGGCUACUUGUUUGUGAAUUUCCAUGACACCUGUCUGUCAAGUAGUGAUUUUGAAUAAAAGAGUAUGUCUGACAAUAGCAGUGAUGUACCAUGACGACCAUGUAGCAGCUAUGUCAAAACCGUCCAAUCACAUCCGUCCAGUCUGUGCACUGCAAACCAAUGAAAUUGAAGAGUUCUGUAAAUUUCAGGAGAGAAAAAAAGUUAUUGGUUUACUUUACAGGGGAAUGAUAUUUGUCAACCAAAUUGACUAAAAAUGGUUUACAGCGAUUAUGAGAAUUAGGAUUUUACACUUUUCUUAAAACUAUUUUUAUUUAAUUUUUUUUAUGUUAAAAUGACUAACUCUGUUUUUAGGCAAAAUAGCACUGUUUUAGCUCCUAGAAUAAGAAUAUAUGUUGCUUGGAACUGGAAUUUAUUAACCACUUGAUUUGAUAAGUCAUUAUUUCUACAGGGUUGGUCAGUGUGUCCUUCGUUACUAUUAAAAAGGCCUGUGCCGGCUUUGUUGAGACGUU